AUGAAAUAUGAAAUCCGACAUAGAUUUCGAAAGAAAAGUCUUCAUCGUUUAUCUAAAAAUAUUAAGAUGUUUAGAAUUCAAUUGGAGAACAUUGAAGUUCAAUUCGAAAAAACUUUAUUGUGUCUAAUAUUGAGACAAUCGAAUUCACAACAAACUAUAAUCAAGAUUCAAUUUGAUGUCUUAAUUUUCAAGAAAUACUUAAAGACUACGAAUAACAAGUUCUAUGCCUUCAAUCAACACUAG